ACCAGAGGCGGUAGCCGUUCUCCGCGCCUCUUUAUCCCCUUUCUUCCAGCUCUGAAACCAGAGAGAGAGAGAGAGAGAGAGAGAGAGAGACCUUUACGAUGAACGGGUCAAUCGUAGACGACGAUCCCAUCGAGUUCAACUAUGAGGCAAGUGAUUCGGAGAGCAUUACAACCGAAUCGACGGAAUUGAGGGCAUUUGAAGACGGGGCGCUUCUUCAUCUUGAUGAAGGGGACGAUGAGCACAUCAAUUUGAAGCAUAAUUUCUUGAUUUCAAUCGGGCGGCUGGCGGAAUGCUGUUCCGUUGUGGAAAUUAGGAGGGUGAUGCAUUACUUUUCUGCCAUGGGUAGGGCGCAGCUCGGGGCAUUCGGGCUGUACGUGAGAGCGUUGGCGGAGAAGAAUGGUGGGAAUGCUAAUCUGAAUAUGGGGUGGUAUGGUACUUCCGUAGAGGGGGUUCGUAAGAUUGUGAGGAAUGGGUUUGGUUCCGAUGGAGUGCCGAUGGGCGGGACAUUUGGUUUCGGGAUAUGCAUUUAUGGAGCGUCCUCUGCGGCGAAUUGUGUUCUAUCGUCUGUUGCUGAUGUAAAUGGAUUUAGGCACCUUAUUUUCUGUCGAGUGAUAUUGGGAAAGACAGAAGAGUUUCUUCCUGGUACAAAACCAUUUGGACUAAUUUCAGAUGAAUUUGAUUCUGGCGUGGAUAAUCAGAAAUUUCCCCGGAGGUACAUCGUGCGGUUUUCUGAUGCAAAAACUCGUGUGCUGCCGUUGUAUGUACUGACUGUCCAAUUGGAGAACACCCAAUCCAAAGGGAGCUUGAAGGAAAUUGUAGGAAGGCCGCACUCACCAUGGAUAUCUUUCAGCAAGCUGAUCUAUACUCUUUCUAAGUGUUUAUCUUCCUCAAAGAUUUGCUUGAUUAAAAGGUUCCACGUCAAAUAUAUGGAAAGGAGGAUUUCUCGUAUUCAACUGGUAACUCAACUUAGGCAAACAGUUGGAGAUGAAUUACUAGUCUCAGUUAUUAGAAAGUUUCAUGAAAGGAAUCGUGAGAAUAAGAUACAUUCUUUACAAAGGCACUAACAAAUAGAACAGAAAUUUGGACAUAGGACGGCUACAACAAUCAGAAUUUUUCAUCACCUGCCUCUCCAGACAUUAACUGCAGUUUUUUUUUUUUUCUUUUGUGUGAUGUGCGUAUAGUUGAUUAACACAGUAUUGAUGAUACUGAAAUUGAUCUGUAUUUUGUUUUUCAAUAGAUGUUCAUUGUAGGGUCCGAUAAAAAAUGUGUGGAUUCGAAAUUUUCAUUGUGUUGUUUUGUUUUGGGGAACGUAGGAUCAC